UGUUAAUCAUAUCAUAUUUGGAUGGAUCCACCCACCCCUAGUGGAUAUUCCAAAAAAACGAGAAUAUGUACAGUAGUCGGUAGUUGCAACAUGUUGUUACAUGUCCAGGUUACACUCCAUAAUUGCUUACGUCACGCAUGCACGCGACAGCCUUUGCUUUCGCUUUCAGCUUCCGCAUCCAAAAAGUCUUUCCGAGAAAUCCUUCGCAAAAGAGAAGUCAGUCUUGUCUAGGCGGUGCAGGAAGUUUUCAGGUUCUCAUGAGGACGACGGACGUGUUGUUGUGUCGGAGGUGCUAAAAGUCCAGGUCAUGGAUUUCCAGAAGCUGCUUCUCCAGGCAGAAAAAGGCCUGAAGAAGGAGGAUGUACAAGCGCUGGCGUUUCUUUGCACUGAUCUGCUCCCGCGCCAUGCAGCCUCAGUGGAGGAGGCCAAAGAACUCUUCACCCACCUGGAGCUCAAAGGCUACCUGUCAGCUGAGAAACCCCACCUGCUCACUGAGCUCCUCAUCAUCAUCCAACAACGCAGUCUUAUCCGCGACUUGAACCUCCAAACAUCUCUGACCACCAACCUCAUCUCUCCUUUCAGGAAGAUGUUAUACGACGUUUCAAUGGAGAUUAAUGCCAGGGAUUUGGGAGAGAUGAAAUUCUUGCUGCACGGAAGUCUUCCACGCAAGAAUCUGAAUGAAAUGUCAACACUGGAGAUCUUCUUGGAAAUGGAGAAGAUGGACAAACUCAGCGCAAACGACUUGAAGGAACUGGAAAACAUCAUUAAGGAUGUCUGCCCAAUGUUGAAAGAAACAAUCGAAAAGUAUAAAGAAUCUCAAGUAAAUUUCUGCUGCCCUGUAUCUGAGGAGGUGGUUCGACCACGAGACCAGCCAUGUCCCUUUGAACAAAACCAGGUCUGUUCAUCUUGGGAGUCUUGGACUACUGCCUCGUGUGAGUUGGCAGGAGCACCGCCGUUGGCUGAGUCGUCCGUGAAUUCCAACAACACUUCAUUAGACCAUGCAAGUGGUGGAGGCGACCAUGAGGACCUGCCACAUAGACUGAGAGCGCUGACGACUCAAGGAAGUAGCUGCAGCGACUCAAAAUCAAGUAGUGAAGUUCUGCUCACAAACGAGACCACCUCUCUAAAGACUAAUGACCCACAAGCUCCACUCAACACAAAUGAUGAGGGUUUGACAACGUAUCCCAUGGCCGCACAACAGCGUGGAAUCUGCCUCAUCAUUAACAACUACGACUUCACCAAUGCCACAAAGUACCUCAAGCAGCGGGAUGGUACCAACGUUGAUGAAUCUUGUUUGGAGAAGGUGUUCCAGUGGCUCGGCUUUGAGGUUCUGAUAGAGCGUGACUGCAGCAGGGACAAGAUGCUCUUUCUCAUGCGGGACCUGAGCAGCAUAGAUCACAGUCAGAUGGACUGCCUGGUGUGCUGCAUCCUCAGCCACGGCCUGGAGGGCGGCGUGUACGGCAUAGAUGGAAGUACCGUCACGCUCGAGGAGCUGACACAGCCCUUUAACGGGUCUCGGUGCCGCUCCUUGGCAGGAAAGCCCAAAAUGUUUUUCAUCCAGGCGUGCCAGGGCACCAAGGAACAGACGCCUGUUUGUUUGCAGAGUGACGGCCCUGCAAAAAGUAGCGUAACCCAUGAUGCUGCUAAGGUGAAACAAUCCAUCCCGUCUGAUGCAGACUUCCUGCGGGCACUAGCCUCUGUGCCGCUUUAUGUUUCUUUCAGACAUAAGAAACAUGGCACUUGGUUUAUUCAGUCUUUGUGCCAAAACCUGAUCAAGAUGGUGCCCAGAAAAUGUGACCUCGUGACUAUCCUGACCAAAGUGAAUGCCGACGUCAGCCAGAAAACGGACGAGACAGGUGUCAAGAAGCAGAUGCCUCAACCAGCCUUCUCGCUCACAAAGAAAAUCAUCUUUCCAGUUCCCCAACACGAUCCUCCUGAGCUGCAAAAUGUUUGACCUCCAUGUCCACGUAUGAAAAAACACCUCAGGGACGUUUGCUGCUGAUUUACAUUCACCACCUCGCUCAAAUGUUAUAUUGUCAUGCUGGAUGCUGUCAAAUAUUUUUUGUAAUGUUACCCAUUAUAUAGUAUAACUGAAUACUCCAGUUGUUUUGAUAAUAUCCGUUCAUUGGGCCUCAUUCACGAACAUCUUCUUAAAAGUCUUCUUAAAAACUGUACUUAAGAAGGCGCGGGUUGGAAACUGCGGCACAUUCACGACACGUUCUUAAGUAGGGAUAAUCGUUCGCACCGGUGUUCUUAGGUUGAUGAAUGCCAACGGGGAUACACGUGCAUGUGAGGCCUAAUUUGCAUAGGUCACCGCCUAUUAUUUCCUAUAUCAGGUAAAAACAUGCGCAACAGGCAGCUAGAAGCCAAGAUGCCAAAGCGCAAGGGCAAGACUGAGAAGCAGCUGGACAACAAACAAAAGGAAAACUUCAAUUGUACUGAAAUAGAGGUGUUUUUACAAGGAGUGACCGAACACAAGACCACCUUAUUUUCACGUGUAUCCACCGGUCAUCAGGCCAUCCAAAAAGAGUCGGCAUGGAGCAUCAUUGCAGGCGACAUAAAUGCCGUUUCCACGGAGAAACGCACCACCGCAGAGGUUAAAAAGAAGUGGUUUGACUUAAAAUCACAGUAAAAAAAAAAAAGAUUGCACUGCACUGGAGGAAACGGGAGGUGGGCCAUCAAUCAGAAACCAAACCAUUUUGGAAACUCUACAAAAUAUUUACACAAUCAAGAUGGAAAAAUAAAGUCAAAAUACAUAGGUUGUGUGUGACAAUUUAUUUUUUCGGUGGUUACAUUUGAUUGAUUAGACGUUGCCUAAUUAAUACAGCAGCCCCGUGCUCUGGCUCAAGACGUGGCUGGGGGCGCAUGUCGUUAUCUGGGGGUGCUCGUGCGCAACAGGCACACCACGUUUCAUUGCGAUGUUAUGCAAGACGCAGCAGGCCAUGAUGAUCCUGCACACCUGCAACAAUAGAAAAUCAAUUAUUUAUCCAGUUGACCAAAUAAAACAUAUUUGCAAUGGAGAAUUCCUGGAUUAGUGAGAACCUUCACAAAGAAUCAGAAUGUUUGUCUCUUAUUUUUUUGCCAUUCCAAAGCAUAAAUAAACUAAAACCUUAUAUUAAAUACUACAAAACCUACUGUACCUUUUCUGGUUUGUAGAGCAGUCUUCCACCUGCAGUGUCCAAACACAUCCAGCGUCCCUUGAGUAUACCGAUGGUGCGCUCCACGCAGAAGCGUGUAGGAGAGACUGGGGACAGUUGCAACAAGCCUUAUUUGUCUAAUCAGUAACAUGCUAGAGUGAUGACACUCAUACUGCACAUGCUCAGUUAGGCCCUCUACUCGCCAAGAAGAAAGCGGCCAGAUUGCGCAUCUGGUCCAGCUUCUAUCAAGACAAAGUUGUUUUGGAGGUAUGAAAGUAGCUGUUUUCACGAGCUGUAUUUUUGUCAUACUAUCCUAAUAUUUUGUAUGAAUUACUCCAAACCUACCUGGUUUGAAUCACUGUUUUGUUGACUAUUCAGCAACAUUGCUUACAUUUGUCAAUGUCACUGUGACUAGUUAGCACAUGGUGUAAACAAAAUAAUCACAAAUCUGAACAGAGGAAGGCAUAAAAAAGAAUACAAGAACAUCAAACCACAAAGAACAGUGUAAAGAAAACCAAAAAAAGAAGAGAGAAGAAUCAGACUGAAGAGGAAGAAGAUGUCUGUUUUUUUUCUGUGAGCUAGAAUUGUUCAGAAGCUGCUGGAAUAGUUCACAAGACAGCAGAUUUGUUGGGGAAGAGGCGAGUGUCGCAGUUUUAUUUUUUAAGCAUCUGUGUGCCUUUAACAAAACUUAAAAAUCUAACUUUAUAAUCACUGGAGUUUUAAAACAAUGUGAAUUUUGUUCACUAAAACUGUUCACUGUUUGUUCACAUGUUUAAUAAAUGUUUUUUGCACUCCAAA